AUGCUCCGCUGGCCUUGGUCCGAGUGGGAAACAGCUGAGGAAGCUGUCCUGUGCAAGGGGCGUGGCUUUCGCCAGCUGGAAAAACAGCCCUGCUUGGACUCCGAAUCUGAUUGGUACUUGUGCCUGUCGCUGACUCCAGUUCGUGGAGUCUUGCUUUUUCUGCUGAAUCCUGCUGAUUCUUGUUGCUGUUUGGUGUUGGAUUUUGGACUGGACUGCUGGUAUCUGGACAACGAAGAGUUGACUCACGCCCAAGGAACUACGUCUAAAAAGGAUACUUCCUUUUCCCAAAAGAAGAUGAAAGAGAAAGAAGUGAAUGAUGGGUUCCAGAUAGGGGAGUGCCAGGUGUUGCUGACAUUCCAGGAUGUGGCCGUGGACUUCACCAGAGAGGAGUGGGCACAGCUGACCCCAGCUCAGAAGACCCUCUACCGAGACGUGAUGCUGGAGAACUACCGGAAUCUGGUGGCCCUGG